AUGGAUCUCUCUGGCGAUGGCUUUGAAGAGGUAUGGCGGCUUCAAUGGUUGAUGGUUGGCGGCAGUUUUGACGGUAGCGGUGCUUUCGAAGCUAAGUUCUUCUCCUCUUUUCUCAGUUUCGAAAACACUACCUAUAAUAAUGUUGGUUUGUGUUUUCUUUGGUGUCUCCAAAUCAAUGAUGAAUGUUGUCUUCUUAUAGUGUCCUGA